AUGUUUUAUUCGGGUGUCCUGACAGAGCCGAGCAGAAAGGAAGUGGAGAUCAGGGAAGCGGCAUCUCUCCGGCAGCAGAGGAGGAUGAAGCAGGCGGUUCAGUUUAUUCACAAGGAUUCUGCAGAUCUCCUCCCUCUGGAUGGGCUGAAGAAGCUGGGGACUUCAAAAGAUACUCAACCACACAAUAUCCUGCAGAAGCGCCUGAUGGAGACAAAUUUAUCCAAAUUCCGAAGCAGUCGAGGAAGCUGGACUCCCAAGAGUGAUGCCUCAGCACAGACCAACAAGCUCAGUCAGACCAAACUGGGCAGCUCAGGGAAAGAGGAGGAUGAGGAGGAGCUCAUUGUGGUGAGCUGCCAGUGUGCAGGGAAGGAGCUGAAGGCUGUGGUGGACACUGGCUCACAGCACAAUUUCAUGUCAUCUGCCUGUCUGGACAAGCUAGGGUUAAAGGAGCAUCUUGGAGCACUCCCUGGUGAAGAUGAGACGGUUUCAUUGCCCUGCAAGGUGAAGGUGAUUGGCCAGAUCGAGUGCCUCGCCCUCACAGUGGGAGCAGUGCCCGUGGAGUGUGCUGUGCUCGUUGUGGAAGACAGUGAAAAACCCUUCUCCCUUGGGCUGCAGACACUGAAAGCUCUGAAGUGUGUCAUAAACAUGGAGAAGCACCAUCUUGUUCUGGGGAAGAUGGAGAGAGAAGAAAUCCCAUUUGUGGGCAGUGGCAGCACUGCGGUGGAAGAGCAGUAA